UAUUUUUCAGAUCUCUGAUGAGUAUUACAAGAGCGAACUAUCUCCUGAGAAGGCCUUAGUGUUCUAUCUCCUUGAGAAUGGAGCCAAGUUAGAUGUGAAGGAUGAGAUGGGCAACCUACCAAUCCAAUAUGCCAAGGACGAAGUGGUCAAACAGAUGAUUUUGUCGAGAUUACCUUCUUUAAAGGAGAUCCAGUCUUAUCGAGAUGGGCCAUCAACGCCUGCCAUCGUCUCCGUUGAAGCCGAAAGAAAUACCAGUCAGGAAAUUGAAGUAGAAGACCAUGGCGUGUCAAUGUUGUUUCCUCCGGAGGCUGUUCAUCAGAGUGAUCCGUGCAAGAUCACCUUAACCCUCUUACACGACCCUCCAAGUGUUGACAUCCAAGAUGAUGAAUCAGUGGCCUGCUAUGGGAUCAGAUGUGACCCUCCAAACAUGAUCUUCCACCAACCUGUUAAGAUCAGGAUACCACACUUUACCAUGGUCAUCAACCCCGAACAAGUGAAGCCAGACAUAGUUUCCCGUGUAUGGGAUUCAGUCGACGAUCUACCAAGAACAUCAAGAAAAAGAUCAUCCAGCUCAGCAGCAGAACCACCAUACUGCAGAAUGUACAGGAGACAUCUUGAGCUGUUCAUUGCUCACUGUGCUGAGUGGUGGGUUCUUAUUCCUCUUGAACAGCAGGUGAUCCGACACCAACUUAUGUGCACCCCAUACAUCCCAGACAAGAUAGAGAGGGGCAAAGAGUUUGAAGUUCACCUUCAGGUGCUUGCGGACCUUCCUGGGAUAGAAGCGGAUAUGCAAGAGGAGAAGAAGCAGCAGUCGUACCACAAGAGCCAUCGCUCCGUUCCCUUCAGUGUUGAAUCGAAGUCUGGUGACGUCAAAGUGACGUGUCAUCGCGAGGGAGAACAAGUUGAAAGCAAGGUUCUCUGUUUAAGCGAUGUUUAUAGCAAGAUGAGACACAACAUAUUCCUUUCCGUGACUCCUAGUGAGGAAGCUGUAGAAUCCACAGAGAUUACCAUUACGAUUACACAGGCUGGAAAGCUUGGGGUGUCUCGAUCCAUUGCUUUUAUCAUCAGACACACAGAUGGACCGGAGUACGAAUCUCCUUCUGAGCCCCUAUCAUUUGUUCGGGCAGUGGAGGAAGUCUCGAAAAGUGACCUGCCGGACAUUGAUAUCCUUACAAUAGCCCAAACAAUGACAGUAGACGAGUUCUAUGAUUUGGGAGUAGCUCUUGGUUUCACCAUACAACAACUGGAUGUCAUAGAAUACAGGAGGUUCCAUGACAGAGAGCAGGCCACCUAUGACAUGUUGGUGACAUGGAGAGAGCGACAACCGUCCGGUCAAGCAGCAAAGGAAGCGUUUGUCUCACUCAUGGAAUCUUUAGAUUCAUCAGCAGUAGAAAUGGCCAUCUCAGACAUUGGACAUACUGGAGAAAUUCCUGACAGGACACUGCUUGCGUUCGCCCGUCAGAUCAGACCACAGAAGUUCUAUGAGAUUGGCGAGAAGCUGGGAUUCACCAAGUCAGAGUUACAAUACAUUGCACGUCGGACAUACAACAGGAAUGACGCUAACAUCCAAAUGCUCUCAAACGAAGAAGAAGAAAAAGUCGAAGAAGACGAAACAGUGGCUGUUCAAGGACUUGAAGUGAAUUCUACUACACCGCCUGAACAAAGAACAGAGCAGAACGAGCCUGAAGAUAUGGAAAUCAUCGACAACAUUUCAGAUUCUGAUGAAGAUGAACGUGGUGGAGACAUCGACCUAUGUGGAGGUUCACCGAGUACGGCCGAGCAGUGUAUCGUUGCUCUUCCGGUGAAGAGUCUGUCUUCAGCAUGGGAACUGGGGAAAGCCCUUCGUCUGGAUGAUGACUUCAUUGUUGGUGUCGUUGCACCUUCCGAUUCUGCAGCGAUGAACAGACUAGCACGGCAACUCCUCAACAAGUGGUGCAGACGUUUAGGAAGCCAAGAGAAGAAAGUACUGAUGACAAAGCUUCUUCAAGAUUACAACAUCCAGGAUUGCAAUGCAGGUCUUGAUGAAAUUUCCGAAAAAAUUUGCACAACUCCAGAUCUACUCGACCUUUCCCAACGCCUUGAUCUAGCAGCUUCUGAAAUCCUGCCGGUCAUGUCCACAUCUGUGUCCUGUCCACUAACCUUAAUACGACACAUCGUUAUACAGAUGCUUCAAGAAUGGGUACGACAUGGAGGAACAAGACAGAGGCUUCUUGAAAUUGCUCAAGCUUUUCAGUUCAAUGAUGUAGCAGACAAAAUAGCAACAGCAAUGGAAAAUCACCAAGGUUUCAAGGACCCAUUCUCUCAUGGCAUCAUUGAUCACGACGGUGGAGAUCUGAAGCUAGAUGAACUGAACAUCAGAGUAUCCAUUCCUGCAGGAGCAAUCCCUAAAGGGAUGAGAUCUGUGGUCACUCUCAGUGUACCUAGUCGUUCAUCUAAGAUUCCCCUUAAGGACGGAGACGUUCUCAUUACUCCAGUCAUUGAAUGCUCUUUCACUCAAGAACUUCUCAAACCUGCGACUGUAGCUCUUCCACACUGCAUCCAACCGGAACAACAUCAAGAUGACUCACAUGUUAGCCUUUACACCAAGUUAGGACCAGGUACAUUUGGUUACAGGAGCUUAAUUCCAAAUACAUCAAGAGAUUUCCAUAUCUCAGAGGACAUGGUUGGUUUCCCUACGCGUCAUCUUCAACUCUUGGGAUUGUCAUCAAGCAACGUUCAUGGAGUACAAUUCACCUGUGAAGUAUUUCAGCCUCUGUUCAUGCCUUCUUCACAGAAAUCUACACUACGUAUUUGCAUAGCUCAUCCCUGCAGCAGAUAUCCUGCCGUAUGUAGACUAUUAAUGACUUCUUACAUCAUUUACAUAAUUAUAGCACUCAAACCCGUCACGAUUUCAUGCUAAUACUGCUUAGACAUUAUUACCCGGGUUAUAUGCGAACCGUGGAAUGGCCCUGCAGUGUACGAUAAACCCCCACAAUGAGCUUCAAUUCAAAAUAAAUAUAAACAAAUAU